UUAACCGUUCUUCCUUGGACCUACGGGAGGCAGGAAACAGAGCCUACGCCAGGCUCAGGGAGGAGCCGCGCGCCGGGCUCCGCCUGCACUGGCCUCGGACCUUGCCUGCAGGUGGAUCCCCGGUGAAGCCCAGGACCCAGAGACGCCAAGCAGCCAGAACUCCUGACCCAAUCCCGGACGACGCCGUCUUCGCAAGGAGUGCAGUCCAACACCUGUGGGUGGGGUUCCCAGUGUGAACAGCAGCAGGCUGAACCCCGGACAUUAACUUUCUCAGAAUACUCAGUUUUGAUCAAGGACAUCGCUGGACCGUCUCAGGAAGCAGGGAGACGACCAUACCAUGCUGGCUCAGCAAUACCCAUCUUGGAUCUUCAUCAACGACAGGACAUUCAUAACCAGGGAACAACUUAAUUCUUUAAUGACGACCUACAACACUUUUUAUGAGAACCAGGAAAAUCUGCAUAUUAUAUGUGAACAGAAGGAAGAUGGCAACAUUGUUAUGGAAGGAAUGCUGGACAUUUUCUGGGGAGUAAAACGACCUAUACAGCUGAAAAUACAAGAUGAGAAGCAAAUCCCUUCUCUCUCUAUGUUGAAGUCACCAGAUACUUUUUCCACCAAAGGGAGAAUGACUCGCUGGGGGGAAUUUGAUGACCUUUAUCGUAUUAGUGAGCUGGACAAGACCCAGAUUCCAGCAGCUGAAGCAAGGAAUUCUCAGGAAGACUAUUUGUCUUACCACAGCAGCACUCUGAAACCACGUGCAGAUGAAGAACUGGAGUCCCCACUGCUGUAUAGAACCAUGAGUGAAGCCACCUUGGUGAGGAAAAGGAUGAAGCCACCUAUGAUGGACAGAAAAGACAGACAGAACCACAGGGCCUCUAUCAAUGGACAUUUCUAUAACCAUGAAACAUCAAUUUUUACUCCAGCCUUUGGCUCAGAGACUAAGGUCAGAAUAAAUAGUAACAUGAAAACUGAAGAAGUUAUAAAGCAACUUCUCCAAAAAUUUAAGAUUGAAAACAGUCCCCAGGAUUUCGCUCUUUACAUGAUUUUUGCAACAGGAGAGCAGAGACGACUAAAGAAGACAGACAUCCCAUUACUGCAGAGGCUCCUCCAGGGACCUUCCAAGACCAAUGCUCGAAUCUUCCUGAUGGAUAGAGAUGCAGAGGAAAUCAGCAGUGAUGUGGCUCAGUAUAUUAACUUCCAUUUUUCUCUCUUGGAAUCCAUUCUGGAAAGAUUAAAUGAUGAAGAGAAAAGAGAGAUUCAAAGAACAAGAGCCAAGUUCAGCACAGAAAAGGCCAUGAUACAAAAAUGUCUUCAGAGUAAAAGGGUAGUGAAAACAGAGACAGCAGUCUAGUCAUACAGGCUUCUGUCGCUGAACAGUUGGACAAAGUCGGGGAGAUGUCACGAUCCAAUGGAUGCACACAUUCUGCACUUGCGCUCAUACGAAUAGCCAUGGCUUUAAAACAAA